AUGGCUGUUGCUGGCAAUCUGCCUCAGAACGUGGCAGUGAAAACUGCCAGAAAGCCAAAGAACAUGAAAUAUAUCAACAUUUCUGGUCAUCCCACACCCCUUCCAUUAGAGGUCGGCCUGUUAAUCCUGGUCAACAGGGAGCCCAAAGCUCCAGAGAUCAUUCAGCUGCUGGACUGGCAGGACCAGCCUGAAUAUUACAUCAUGGUCAUGGAGCGCCCCUCACCCUGCGAAGAUCUGUGGAACUACUUGAGGCGUCACGGUGGCAUCCUCAAGGAGGAAACAGCACGGUUCAUCAUGGCACAAGCAACGAUGGCCGCUCACAUCUGCUGUCAACGAGGAGUGUUUCACCGUGACAUUAAGCUGGAGAACCUACUGAUGAACCCCGAAACCCUCGAGGUCAAGCUGAUCGACUUCGGGUGCGGGGAUCUCCUGAAAGACUCUGGCUAUAAAAAAUUAUAUGGCACACGAGAGUACUUCCCUCCUGAGUACUGCGUGAGGCGCAAGUACCACGGGAGACCAGCUACUGUGUGGUCUCUGGGAGUGCUGUUAUUCAUCAUGAUGUGUGGACGCUAUCCACAACCCAGAGACCUACACACGAUUGAGCACGACAUAUGGUCUGAGCCUGGCUUGCUGGACGAUUGCUGCCACCUGAUUCAGUCUCUCCUGCAGCAAAACCCAAGCCAGCGGAUUGAUCUGAGGGAAAUCCUGCUACAUAAAUGGUUUAAGGUCACCGAACAAGACGUAAAGAGGAAAAUUUAA